GUACUGCGUCAUUCAGGCGACGCUGCCAGAGUGUGACGUAUAAUCUAGUGGACGGAACGAGUCUUCAACAAUAACAAGAACAGUUAGCCAGCCAGCCAUCUUGGUAGCUUACUAGCCAACAUAGCCGAAAUAUUGGCGCUCUUUAGAAGUUUUCGACGUAUAUAUAAGCCACUGUGUUUUAAACAUUAGUAUUUUUUUUGGUCAUCACCCCCAUUUAAUGUAAUAUUUACGUUGUUAGACAUCUAGCUAGCUGGUUAACUUAGCAGUAGGACUAGGCUAACGCUAACUAGCUAGCUAGCUAACAUCCCCCGAACAUAAACUCACUAAGCUACUCUCCCAGCUGCUAAAGAAGAGGUCAGCUUGGACGGAGAAAGAGGGUUUCGUGAAAGAGGAGAAGGGAAGAGGAAGAGGAGGCUGUUACAGUGAAAGAAGAAUACGAGAAAGACGCUUUCAGAGUGAAAGAGGGGUAGGAUGUUGACUACCGUGAAAGAAGAGGAAGGUGCAGGUUUUGGCAUAAAGGAAGAGGAUGAUAUGACUGUCACAGUGAAAGAAGAGGAAGGCGUUUUUGGAGUGAAAGAACAGGGCGAUAUGACUGUCACAGUGAACGAGGAGGGAGACGUUUUUGUAAUGAAGGAGGAGGGGGAGAUGACUGUCACAGUGAAAGAAGAGGAAGACAUUUUUGGAGAGAAGGAUGAAGAGGGGGAGAUUACUGUCACAUUAGAGGAGGAUGAAGAAGCACAGAAGACUGGAGAUCUGAUUAACACCAGUAAAUACAGAGAGAGACCAGACUCUCACUCUGACGGCAGGAAGAGUCCUUCAGAGGAACCAGACCCAGAGACGCCCAAACCAGCGAGACGACACCACUGGUCCCAGUGUAAAAAGAGUUUUAAGUGGUUAUGGAACCUGAAAAGGCAUGACAGAACAGACACAGGAAAGAAGACUUCACAAUGUUCCCAAUGUGGGAAGAGUUUUACACGGUUAGGGAACCUGAAAAGGCAUGAGAGAAUACACACAGGAGAGAAACCUUUCCAAUGCUCCCAGUGUGGAAAGAGUUUUACACGGUUAGGGAGCUUGAAAGAACAUAAAAUAAUACACACAGGAGAGAAGCCUUUCCAAUGCUCCUGGUGUGAAAAGGGCUUUAGGUGGUUAGGGAACCUGAAAAAGCAUGAGAGAACACACACAGGAGAGAAAUCGUUCCAAUGCUCCCAGUGUGGAAAGAGUUUUACACAGUUAGGGAGCUUGAAGGAGCAUGAAAACAUACACACAGGGGAGACAUCUUACCAUUGCUCCCUUUGUGGAAAGGAUUUUACCAAGUUAAGGAACCUAAUAAAACAUACAGAAUUACACACCAGAGAGAAGCCUUUCCAAUGCUCCCAGUGUGGGAAGAGUUUUACACGGUUACGGAGCCUGAAUGAACAUAAAUUAGUACACUCAGGAGAGAAACGUUUCCAAUGUUCCCAGUGUGGAAAGGGUUUUAUUCUGUUAGGGAGCCUGAAAAAGCAUGAGAGAACACACACAGGAGAAAAGCCGUUCCAAUGCUCCCAUUGUGGAAAGAGUUUUACGCAGUUAGGGAGCUUGAAGGUGCAUGAAAGGGCACACACAGGGGAGACAUCUUACCAUUGCUCUCUGUGCGGAAAGAAUUUUACCAAGUUCGGGAACUUAAAAAAACAUAAACAAUUACACACAGGAGAGAAACCUUUCCAAUGCUGCCAGUGUGGGAAGGGUUUUUCACGGUUAGGGAACCUGAAGGAUCAUAAAAGAGUACACACAGGAGAGAAGCCUUUCCAAUGUUCCCAGUGUGGAAAGAAUUUUACGUGGUUAGGGAACCUGAAAAAGCAUGAGAGAACACACACAGGAGAGAAGCCUUUCCGAUGUUCCAAGUGUGGAAAUAGUUUUAAAAGGUUAGGGAGCUUGAAGGAGCAUGAAAGGAUACACACAUGGGAGACAGCUUACCAUUGCUCUCUGUGUGGAAAGAAUUUUACCAAGUUAGGGAACCUAACAAAACAUGAAAAAUUACACACAGGAAAGAAGCCUUUCCAAUGCACCCAGUGUGGAAAGGGUUUUACACGGUUAGGGAAUCUAAAGGACCAUAAAAGAACACACACAAGAGAGAAACCUUUCCAAUGCUCCCAGUGUGGAAAGGGUUUUACCCAGAUAGGGAACCUGAAAAGGCAUGAGAAAAUACACACAGGAGAGAAGUCUUUCCAUUGUCCGCGGUGUGGAAAGGAUUUUACCCAGUUAGUGAACCUGGAAAGGCAUGAGAGAACACACACAGUUUUAACAAUAACCCCAGGAGUUGGAACCAGUUCAGAAAACAGAACAGAAAACCGCGUAAGAACAAAAAAAAUGAAGAAACAGAAACCGAACCGGGAAAGAAAGUGAUCUCUACAGUUCUGGAACAGAACCGUUAUUUUAAAAGUAUGGUAACCAGUUAAUAACGUUAUUUUAAAAGUAACUGUCCAGUGGAAAAUCUUAUUAACUUUAAAAAACUUUAAUAUUCUGUUAACUCAUCGAAAUAGUGUUGAGACAUCCUAUACUUGUAUCUCAAACAGACUGUUUUAAAAAAUAUACUAUUUCCUCAUAGAACAUGUUAUCUCCCUGCGGAGGAUGAGCUGGCCAAUCUGUUGUUGGGAUACGACCCACACCAUUCUGUUGGGAUACGACCCACACCAUUCUGUUGUUGGGAUACGACCCACAGCAUUCUGUUGUUGGGAUACGACCCACAGCAUUCUGUUGGGAUACGACCCACACCAUUCUGUUGUUGGGGUACGACCCAGACCAUUCUGUUUUUGGGGUACGACCCACACCAUACUGUUUUUGGGGUAAGACCCACACCAUUCUGUUGUUGGGAUACGACCCACACCAUUCUGUUGUUGGGGUACGACCCACACCGUACUGUUUUUGGGGUAAGACCCACACCAUUCUGUUGUUGGGAUACGACCCACACCAUUCUGUUGUUGGGGUACGACCCACACCGUUCUGUUGUUGGGGUACGACCCACACCGUUUUGUUGUUGGGAUACGACCCACACCGUUCUGUUGUUGGGGUACGACCCACACCGUUCUCUUGUUGGGGUACUACCCACACCAUUCUGUUGGGAUACGACCCACACCAUUCUGUUGUUGGGAUACGACCCACACCAUUCUGUUGUUGGGAUACGACCCACAGCAUUCUAUUGUUGGGAUACGACCCACAGCAUUCUGUUGGGAUACGACCCACACCAUUCUGUUGUUGGGGUACGACCCACACCAUUCUGUUUUUGGGGUACGACCCACACCAUACUGUUUUUGGGGUAAGACCCACACCAUUCUGUUGUUGGGAUACGACCCACACCAUUCUGUUGUUGGGGUACGACCCACACCGUUCUGUUGUUGGGGUACGACCCACACCGUUUUGUUGUUGGGAUACGACCCACACCGUUCUGUUGUUGGGGUACGACCCACACCAUUCUGUUGUUGGGGUACGACCCACACCAUUCUGUUGUUGAGGUACGACCCACACCAUGCUGUUGUCGGGGUACGACCCACACCAUUCUGUUGUCGGGGUACGACCCACACCGUCCUGUAGUCGGGAUACGACCUACACCAUUCUGUUGUUGGGGUACGACCCACACCGUUCCAACACAGAGAACCGGCUUUUAACAGCUAAUAGCGGCUUAUAGUCUGGAAAUUACGGUACUUAAUAAAUAAAAAAAGAUUGUAAGGAAAGUAUUUCACUCAUAUUAUAAAUAAUUAUAGGUCAUAUUUCAUAGAAAUCUGGAAACGCUGGGCACUUACUUUAAGUUCCAGGUAGUUCCAGGGCCUCCCGAGUGGAGCAGCGAUCUAAGGCAUCACAGCGCUAGCUGUGCCACUAGAUAUCCUGGUUCUAGUCUAGGUUCUGUCUCAGUGC